AUGUACAAGCAUUGGCAGUGGUCCACUCUCAGAACAGUCAUUCAUGCCACCUCUGAAAUGGUCAACCAUUAUUGCGAGAAGCUGGACCAAGGAAAGGCAAAGGCACUGAAAUGGAAUGAUGCCGUCCCAACGACCCGGCGGAUGAGAGGACAGAAAGAAGAGGAGAACAAUUCUUCCGAACCAUCGACAUCAUCUUCAUAA